AUGGAAGAAUCUGAGAUGAUAGAGGACGAGGAAAUAGAACAAAGGGACAUAAUUGCUGACCCAACAAGAAAAGAGCUAGAAAAGGUCAUUGGGAAAAAUGCAAAUGGAAAAUCACCAGGAAAAGAUGGAAUUAAUAUCGAACUCAUUAAAUAUGAAGGCAACGAAUUGAAAGAAAGACUAUUUUCUCUAAUUCAGAAUAUAUGGAAAAAGCAAAAAAAUGCCGAGAGAGUGGGAAAUAGGAGAGGUGAUAAACAAUCCAUAAAGAAGAUGACCAACAAAUAUGUCAAAAUUAUAGAGGAAUAA